UACAGGGGUAGAAAAAAGGGGAGAAGAGGAGGAAGAGGACGAGGAGGAGGCAAAGGAGGUUCUGAAUGUCCUAAAAAAAACCCAGAACUGAGAAGAUGGCCGAGGCUAGUCCCCUUAGAGGUUUGCCCCGGAUCAGAAGAGCCACGACCUCCUUUCCUGGAAAUCUUCACCUGGUUCUGGUGGUGAGGCCCAGGACUCACGUCCAGACCACCGGGACGGACCUGGGCUUCCGCUUCAGCCAAGAUGACUUUACACUCAAGAUGCCAGUGAUCAUGCUGAGUUCGGUGACUGAUCUGCUCCGAUAUAUUGACGAGAAUCAGUUGAGCUCUGAGUUCGGUGGGACUCUCGAAUGUGGCCCAAGCGACUGGAUCGUCCUCCGAACGGCCAUAGAGAGCUUUGCAGUGACGGUGAAGGAGGUGGCCCAGCUGCUCCAGACUUUUGGCACAGAGCUGGCUGAGACUGAGCUGCCGGACGAAGCCAACGCCAUCGAGUACCUGCUCAGGUCCCACACGGACAGAUACAGACAGAUGAAGGAUGACAUUCGAUCGGUGAUAAAGGAGGGGAGGCAGAUCCUGUCGAACCUGGAGGGCGCUCGAGCAGCAGAGGGAGCGGCGGCGGAGGACAGGGACAUCAACCAGGACCGAGACACCGUGCAGAGGCUCUUGACUCAGCUGAGGGAGAUGGAAAUGGCUUUUGAUGGCUUUUUUGAGAAGCAUCAUCUGAAGCUGCAGCAGUAUCUCCAGCUGCUCAGAUACGAGCUCAGCUUCCACGAGAUGGAGGCCCUGCUGGAGAAGCUGAGCGCCCGAGAGAAAGCCAUUCCUGCUUCAGGAGUGACUGUGGCCCAAAUCGAUCAGCUGCUGAAGGACCUGGAGGACCUUGACGCCACGGCUGAGGAGGAGAUGGGUCACGCGCAAAUCAUCAUCCUACAUGGUCACCAGCUGGCGGCAAGUCAUCACUACGCUCUGGCUCUGAUCGUCCAGCGCUGUAACGAGCUGAGACACCACUGCGACACGCUGACCACCGCACUGCACAACAAACACACUGCACUGAUACAAACACGAGACCUGCUGCAGCGCCUGGAGGAGAUGGUGCGCUGGUGUGAUGACGGCGCGUAUCUGUUGGCCAAUCAGCUGGUGGACAAGUUCCAGUCUAAAGAAGGAGCUCAGGUGGCUCUUCGGGAUAUCGAGAGGCUGCUGGACACGGCACCCCCUGCCGUCCACUCUGGCUUCGACCUGCUUAUGCUGGAGUUCCAGACAGUACUGACCCCUCAGCUGCAGACACAGAUUGGCUCAGUGAUGGAGAAGUUGAGCGCGGUCCAGACGAUGGUCCAGAAUAGACAGGCCUGUCUGCGCAAACUGGCCGACGUGCAGAUCAGACCCAUCCAGCUGGUUUCACCACGACCUGAGAGUCCAACACGCCUCAAAUCUCCACUGUUUUCCCCGAAACACAGUUUUGAUGUGAAUUCCAGUCUGAAGUUCUCGUUUGACCUCUCGCUCCCCGGCAAACGCGCCUCCCGGAAAAACAACAACAACAACAACACAAAGAAGAUUGAGGUGAUGCACGACUACGAGGAGAACCGUAACUCUGUGUCGUACGAAGCAGAUAGAGAGGAGAACCCCGACCAGCACAAACGUAAUGUGAUGAAGGAGCUGAUAGAGACAGAGAAGGUUUAUGUGGAGGAGCUGCUGUCUGUCCUACUGGGUUACCGUGCUGAGAUGGAUAACCCCGCCCUCUCUCACAUUCUGCCCCGUGAACUGCACAACAAGAAGGAGCUUUUAUUUGGGAACCUGCCGGAGAUCUACAAAUUCCACAGCAGGAUAUUUGUUCAGGACCUGGAAAGCUGCCUGGAAACUCCAGAGCGAGUGGGAGCAAAAUUCCUGGAGAGAAAGGCAAAUUUCCAGGUGUACGAGCGCUACUGCCAGAACAAGCCUCGCUCUGAGGCGCUGUGGAGACAGUAUUCAGAUUCACUCUUCUUCCAGCAGUGUCAGAGAAAGGUGGAGCACAAACUGGGCCUGGAUUCAUAUUUACUCAAACCUGUUCAGCGUCUGACGAAGUACCAGCUCCUGCUGAAGGAGCUGCUGAAGCACAGCACAGACUCUCCGUACGCCUCCGAACUGCAGGGGGCGCUAAACGCCAUGCUGGACCUCCUCAAGUCUGUCAAUGACUCCAUGCACCAGAUUGCCAUCACAGGCUAUGAGGGGGAGCUGAGUGAUCUGGGCCGGGUGCUGAUGCAGGGCUCCUUCAGCGUGUGGAUGCGUAAAGGUUUGAUGCGCGUGAAGGACAUCGCACGCUUUAAACCGAUGCAAAGGCACCUGUUCCUGCACGAGAGAGCCCUGCUGUUCUGCAAGAGGAGGGAGGAGAAUGGAGACCAGACGUUGUACAGCUUCAAACACUGCCUCAGGAUGAGCGCUGUGGGAAUAACGGAGAACAUUAAAGGAGACGUGAAGAAGUUUGAGAUCUGGUACAGCGGCCGAGAGGAGGUGUACGUGGUGCAGGCUCCGACGGUAGAGGUGAAGCUGGCGUGGCUCAGUGAGAUCAGAAAGAUCCUCACCAACCAGCAGAAGAGCCUCCAAGAUAAUGGUCACUCUGGUGUGGAUCAGCCUCUCUCUCCUCCUUUAGCUGACAGAGUGGAGAGAGUGUCCGUCUGCAUGCCCUGGAGCUCCGCCCACAUCGCUGGCUGCUCAGGUUGUUUUGAUGUCGUUCCUCACAGUAAGCCGCAGGGGGCGCCAGCGAGCUCAGAGGAGUCGGACCGCACCAGUCCGGUUCUGACGGACCCCGUGGUAUUCUCCCCCCGCCCACAGCAACACAACCGCCGCAGCUGGCCCGGCACCUCCAACUCGGUGGACAUCUGUGAGGGCCUGGAGGACUGGACCACCGACCUGUCCUUCAUCUCAGACUCUGAGGAGGAGGACGAUGCUCUGCUGGUUCCUGGAAAGUACCGGGCGAUGGUGGACCACUUAAAGUGCGGCAAAGACGACCUCGUCAUAAAGCACGGUGAUGUGAUCCACGUACUGCAGGAGAACGCAGCAGGACUUUGGCAAGUUAAAAACCUGACCCGAGGAGGAGAAGGGAGACUUCCUGUUGACACCCUGCUGAGAAUUCUGGGAAAUGUAGGCAGAAAUCAUAUGAUUAGACCGGGUGGUGAGUUCAUGGCUCGGGAGAUAUGAAGAGCAGGAACCUCAGCACCUGAUGAUGGAUCAUCCAUCUCUGAUUAAAACUCUACAUAAGAACCAUCAACC